CCAUUUGAUCUCUUUGGAGAAUCCCCUGGAGCUAUGGCCUAUUCUAAGCGCAAGACAAUCCUUCCUCAUUCCUUGUGGGAUCACAGUGAUUCUUCGAUUCAUUCCUUUACAACAUCAGAGAAAGAUGAUCGCCCUGUUGCCAGCCCAAAAUCCGAUCUCAACAAGGAACCUAAAGGUUCCGACGUUGUUGAAUCUUCAAACAAGUCAAAUGUACUCCCAGUGUCAAAUGAUAAUAUUCCUUGUAACAACAAAUCUACAAGGUUUGGGAUUCCGAUCAAACCAAGCCCUCAGAAGACCGCACCUCGAAGCCCGUCUGUCAAGAGGCCUUACCACAGGUUCUACAAAAUAGAUCAGGCAGGCCCAGGAGUGGUCGCUAUUAUGGAUACGGAGACCUUCCCAGUCUAUUUGAUUAAAGAACGCCAUGGAGGUCCUAAGGAUAUAGCUUUACUGAGGAAGGCCAGCCAUAAGAACUUGAUCAAUCUUGUGGACAGUUUUGAAUCUCAAGGCAUCAUCCAUAUUGUAUAUGACUAUCAGCAUUUGGCGAUAUCGCUUGCUUGUGUGGCUGGGAGCGUCGACUUUAGCGAACCGGACAUGGCCACGAUUUGCAAAGAGAUUCUUCGUGGGCUUUUGUAUCUCCAUACGGCUCUCAAGAUUAGCCACGGGUCAAUAAACUGCGGCAACGUGAUUUUGACCCACUUGGGGGAAAUAAAAAUCGUUUCUCUAGCGAACAUUGGUGACAGCUUGUUAGACACACACUCGAGCGGGGGCUUUCAGAGAGACCUAAAGGCUGUUGGCUCUAUACUUUUAUACCUCGGGGAUAGAACAAACCUGUUGUGCGAAACUGAUUCUGAGUUAGUGACCCCGCCAUUAUCAGUAUCAGCUCGCUCGUUCAUGACAAAAUCAGUGGAGAGCUCGGCGGAAAGUCUAUUGAAGGUAAGUUUAAGCUUGGUCACGAUUGCAUGGUACUAA